AGUGAAACGCGGCACGACGACAUGAGUCACAUGCAGAACCACAUCCAGAUCCCAUCGCUCAAGAGAAACCUGUCGGGCGGCGCCGUGAACAACAGCAACAACAGCAAUGGUGGGUCGUCGUCUGCGUCGACCUCGUCUUUGAAGAUCAACACAUCGUCGCACAUGAGCAUGAGCGCUGCGGCUUCGCUGAAUGCUCUGGCCAAUGGAAGCAACAACACAGACCGCUCUACCAUGCCUUCUGCGUUGCCACCGCACAGACACGACCCACAUGGACAUGUGGCCUCGUCAUCGUCGCAUCCUUCUCAUCCUUCGCAGCAUUCGUAUCUGCCACCCCAGCAACAACUGCAGCACCACGACAGGUACAACAUCCCUCAACACGGCCCUGCCACCUCCACGGCAACCAAAAACAAUUCCAACAGCAACUCCAUAACGUCGACGCCUCCCACCAUCCAGCGCGCUGUCACAUCUUCGUCAGCGUAUAUUCGUCAGCCCCUUACCACGCGGGUGUCUACGUCUGUACCGAUCAUGCUUCCAACGCCCGGAGGCAAUGGUAUGAUGCGACCGCCUGGUCCCCUUGGCGUCGGCAGUUCUUCUGCAUCUGCUGCGCCUCAUGUGGCGGUGUCCACCACUGUCCCGGCUGCAGACUGGCGCAUGUAUUUAACCAUCGAAGAGCGACAGGCCGUCCGAUCCAAGAUCCAAGACGCCUACACGAGCACAUGCAAGACGUACGAGGAGCUGCUUCACGCGGCAUCCGCGAUCGAAGAAGAGCUGCUGCACAUCGCCGCGCCGUCGCGAUUGGAUUACUUCAAGAGCGGCUUUGAGUUUGAGAACCGCGUCAAGUUGAAGCGAGAACAACUGCAAGGUCAAUUGGCUGCCGUGGAGAAGCGAAAGCAGCACUCGAACAGCGUCUCAACCUCGUCGACCAACGGCGUUCUCGGGGACGGCCACCACCACCGGCACAAGCGGUCGGCGUCGCCGCCAUCACAUGUCGAUGGUUCGGCCAAAAAAGCACGAAAGCAACAGGGAUGAGUGUUGUAUAGUGUGGUGUCGUCAAAUGUUAACGACCAUUGUUCAACCACACGCGACUCUAUAACCAUUGGAUAGAUGAUAGUCUUUAAAUGUUAGUACGACUGACCCCAACUAAUGGUAACAAUGCAACUAUCCGUCGA